GAAAUGUAAAUAAAACAGUCUGAAUAUUGUAUAAUACAGUACGAUUUCGCGGGAUUUCAUAACAGACGAGAAACGAUGUAACAUUACGAAAUUUUACGUUGCUAUCUUUGUUGAAAUUAUAUUAUGCACCGUGUGCGUACGUGCAUGCGUGCAUACGAGUACAUACACGUUAAGUACGAUGAAAUCUGUACGUGCACAAUGAUCGAACAAACCAGUAAUAUUAUGAUUAUCGGUUUCAAAUGAUGUUUCCUCCCCCACCUAACAGCGGCAGCAGCAAGCAGCUAGCUCCCUUAGCAAACAAUGAUAACCGCGAACACGUGCAAACAAUUGAAAACAGUUUCAGUAGGCAGCAGCCGUGCAGCCGUAAUUGUCGAUCAAUCUUUGACUCGUAUUGUGCUGCGUGAUUAUCUUAAUAGAGCUCUACCCCACCGUUCUUUAAUUAGCCUCGGCUCGACAGUGCGAUAAUGAUGUUCCAGCCGCGUCUUCUUCUUCUUCUUCUUCGCGAAAAACCAAUCGAUAUUUGUCCCGCGUGUGUCGAGUGAAAGAAAGAAGUAGACUGUAACGUGAUAUUCAACGAGCAUAGAUAAGGAUUGCGUUAAAAAAAGUGUUCGUGUUGCAUUUUUCUCGAGUGAGCGACUACUUUUGGAGGUGAACCGGUUUGUGCAGCCCGCAAAUCUAAAAAAAAAAAAAUAUAUAGAUUCGCUAAAAUCCUGAUUAAUUAGCCUUGAUUGUUGAUGUGGUUCUCAAUCUGCAUCAUGAAGCUGAUAACGUCAAUUGUUGACGGGCCAGUGUGCUGCAGCAGGUGCAUCACAAAGCAAAAAGUGCAUCGACUUCGAAAACUUAUGAAUUGAAGAUGAGUUAACUGUAGUUUCAAAGCAUGACUUCAGCAAGUUGCAGAUGUGAUAUCCCUGGUUCACGACGAGAAAUAAAAUGGAUCCAAGGGGCCCUCCUGAGGGGGCCCCUGUCAGCUCUUUUGAGAUUCCUAAUAUUGACAAAGUAACUGACACUUCAGUAAAUUGGCCUAUCGAUCAUUCGCUUCCUUCAUCAAUGUGUGAACAGCCAAAAAAGAUGAAUCAUAACAAGUUAUUGUUUUUAACUGUGGAGUAUGUGGAAGAUCACUCUAGAGAAUAUUCUCGCUUAUUUCCAACGUACGAACAAGUUUCCUUUUCUCCUAGACCUUCCUCUCCUCUUUCUGAUUUUGAACAUCGCGUUAGUCCCCUUGACCCAAAUAUGAGUUCAGCUGCUAGGUACUCACCUACCCCGGUCCAACUUCCACCAUCUCCUUUUCAUAAUUCUGUUGUUGUUCUGCAAGGUUCUUCUCCUUUAAUAUCUCCAUCCGAAUCAAACGAGAGAACAAAUGUUCACUAUGUUUCUCAGUUGACGCAUCCAAUUGAUACGCAAAGCGUACAACAGACAGAUAAUUCUGCUGAUUUUGUUGCCAAUGAAAAUGAAGAACAACUAGUUCCUAGUGUCGGUGGUGAAUUGAUUUUGAUGCAAGAAUCUAAUUCUGCAUUAGAAUCAGCAACAGCUCCAUUGAUGCUAACAGGAAUGCCUAGUACAGAUUUUACAUUGAGUAGAGAUUUCCUUGUUAUGCAGGAUGAUCAAAUAAAUGUGAUAAAUUCAUUUAAAACACAAAAUCUUGAUGUGGAUGAUCCAACAGUUUCGUCGUCUGCGGAAAAUUUAAAGAAAAAGAGUAAUACAGAUCCAUUAGCUACAUCUAAUAAACAAGUUAAUGAAAUUGUGGCAUCAACUAUAGAAAAGAAAGAUUAUGAAAAGCAGAAUGUUAGACGUUCUAAGCGGCGUAUAAAUGAUAAAAAGAAUUUUUGUUGUGAUGAAUGCGAUGAUGUAUGUACCGGAGAUAACUGCACUUCGCAUAAUGUAUGUACAAUAGCAGAUCAGCCUGUACCAUCGCGUGCUAUAGCAACACUGCCAGGAUCGUAUCUUUCGAUAAAUAAAUUACCCAGUAGUGAAAUUAUAUCGGGUGGAUCGGAUUACGGAGUAUUUGCGAAACGUUAUAUACAGAAACGUACUCAGUUUGGUCCUAUAGAAGGUAUCUUAUACCCUUAUGAUGGUACACCAUUUAAAAAUGAAUUACCAUUACUUUAUGAAACUGAAGAUAAAGGAUUCCUUAAAAUUGAUGUUUCAAAUGAAAAUGCUUCGAAUUGGAUGCGUUUUGUUAGACCUGCGUUUACGUAUAAAGAACAAAAUUUAGUCAUUUGCCAACAACGUGACGGAAUAGUAUUUUUGACUACAAGAAGUAUUUUACCUAAAGAAGAAUUAAGGGCUGGUCCCAGUACUGAUUACGCAAUUCGUAGAAACUUAAUACCGCUUAAGCCUGUACAGGAAGCAAAAGAUGAUAAAGAGCAUAAAAAUCAAUUAUCCGGAUGGUCACGAUUGGACGAUAAUAAUUCCCGUCGCGUGAAAGCAUUUCGUGGCAGAAACUUGAAAGAAAAAGAAAAUUCAAGGCAAAAUAAUUCCAAGGAAUGGAAAUGUUCAGUUUGUGGUUUAAUUUUUAGAAAACCGCUUUUGCUUAAUUUACAUACUCUCGUUCAUGGCACUGAUAAACUAAAAACUAAGAUUCAGUCUACUGUUUGUCCACAAUGUGGUUUACAGUUUCAGAAACAAAAAGAAUUGAUUAAUCAUAUUUCACAACACGGAAGGUUAUCUUUAACAAAAACGAAAAGAUUGACUACUUUAUCUACAUAUAAGUGUACAAUGUGUUAUAAACGUUUCGCAACAAAAGUACGAUUGCAACAGCACUACUUGGUGCAUGGUGCUGAAGACCAAAAACCACUGCCAUGUAAUAUAUGCUUUAAAAGAUUCAUGAAUAAUUCAGCACUAUCUUGUCAUUUAAAAACGCAUAGAGAGAAUAAACAGCUGUUUGAAUGCCCUAUGUGUCGACAAUUAUUUAGUCAGAGUGUAACGUUAAAGGAACACAUUGAAACUCAUAAAAAGGAAGAUGGUACUUUUAGCUGUCCUUACUGCCAAAGAAUAUUUAUUAAAUAUUCGGUUAUUCGUAAACAUAUUAGAGCUCACCAUUGUGAAAGAAAACACAAAUGUCAGAUUUGUGCAAAACGAUUUGCUACAGUUGACAAAUUACAAAUGCAUCUACUAAAACAUUCCGAUCAUAGAGAAUUUCAUUGUGCAAAUUGUGGUAAGCAAUUCAAAAGAAAAGAUAAAUUAAAAGAACAUAUGACUAAAUUGCAUAAUUCACAAACUGCUACUGAAGAACAAAUGUCACAAGUUACGCAAACUAAAAAAUUUGUUCCAAAGGUAAAUCCUAAUGAUUACAAUCGUUUCAUUUAUAAGUGUCAUCAAUGUUUAGUGGGUUUCAAACGAAGGGGGAUGCUUGUAAAUCAUUUAGCGAAACGUCAUCCUGAUGUUGCACCUGAAUCAGUACCAGAAUUAAACCUACCGAUUUUACGUCAGACGAGAGAUUAUUAUUGUCAAUAUUGCGACAAAGUUUAUAAAAGUAGCAGUAAACGUAAAGCACAUAUCAUGAAAAAUCAUCCAGGUGCUGCUUUACCACCAAGCAAUAGACAGAAAGAGUCUGAUUAUUCCGAUUUACCUAAUCCAACAUUUAGUCAAACUGUUGGUAGUAUUACAACUACACCUCAGGGUUGUCAAUGGUGUCAUAAACAAUAUGCUAGUAAGGCGAAACUUUUACAACACCAACGAAAGAAACAUUCGAAUUUAAUGGAACCAGCUGAUCAAGUACCGCGUUCACGUAAUCGGCAACCACAAAAUCAAAAUCAACCCCCUGUACUUAUCGAAGAUCAUUUUGUGUUAUCCGAUUACAUUCAAGCAUGUGAUACAAAUUCAGAGUUUUUUAAACCAAGGAUAAUCAAAAUAUCUGAUGAUGUUGAUCUAAUAAGUAAUGGAUUGGAAAUUGUUGGACAACAGUUUGUUCGUAUGCGUGACAUACGUUGAAAAGGAUCGAGGCAACCUCGAUGCGAGGUUUUGUCAAUUUACUGAGAUAUGAAUCUCAUGAAUUUGUGCACAGUAAAGAAACACUGUGCUUUUUGCUGCUGUUGCCAAAUGAGGGCAUUGCUGCCCGUCAGGAGUAAUUGAUUCUCCGCUGGGAAAUAUUUGGAGCGCAGCUUGAUCGGCGUCAGUGCGAAACACUUGACGCUGUUUUGUUGGUUGUAUGGUUGGCAAUGAUGUGUUGUUACGAUCGUCAGUCGAUCGUUGACUUUGACAAAUUUGUUGGAACGGAGCACACUAUUUUAUGAAAACUUUGAGCCUUAACGGCUAAAACAAGGAUAAAGAUUUAUGUGCAAUCACACAAUGGGUAAACACAAACAUGGAGAUUUAAGACUAAACACAAUGGGAAACAUGUUAAUUAUUGAGAUCUUUGCUCAAGGUAUUAAAAAUACAGAGCGGAAAAAGGUAGAAGAAAUCCUGUCUUACUGUCGGUACAUUUUUGACAUUAACUCUAGUAGUUUCUUUUAAAAUUUUAAAAAAGCUUCAAUUCGAUGUGAUUAAAUUAUGGAUGUUAGAGCGAUCAAAUUUGAGCUUCAAGUUUAAAGUGAAAUUUAAACGCGGCUUAAAUUUGGGAAAAUAUUGAAUCUUAGAUCAAUAUAAUCAAGUCUAUACAAUGUGAUUUCUUUUAUAGACCUGAUCUUAGUAUCUACAUGUUGCAUUCGACUUUGAUGAUAAAACAGUUGUCUGUAGGAUUACACAAAAUGUUGUAGUCUGUAAAGAAUCGCCCGAUCACUUUUACUCUCUCUCUCUCUCUCUCUCUCUCUCUCUCUCUCUUUCUCUCUCGUGAUUUACAACUUUCUGUCAUUAUUCCACAUAUAUGUCAUUCUCGUUUAGAGCAAAGUACUUUUGGUCUUAGAAUAUUUGAUCAAUCGGAUUCCUUUACGCGCCAAACUUUUCAGGAAGACUAGUUUUAUUCACACAGAGUAGUGUGAAAGUUUUGCAUCCAUCGCACUCAUCGAAUUGAAAUAUCUGGUUGAAGUUGAAGGUAUUAAUAGUUACCUAGACAAGAAAAACUUUUGUCUUUGUAAUUUUACAAUGCAUGUAAAACAGAAGAAACACUGAAACAGAAGACUCGUGUGCACUUUAUCAGAUUCAAUCUACAAUAUAUUACAAACAUUACAAAACAUAAAAAUUGGUAAAAGAAAAAAUGAAAAUUUAUUUUACAUGCAUUAUACACAUAAUAUAAAUAUUAUGGAAAAACGAAGACAAAAGAGUGCAUGUUUGUUAAUGUUGUUGAGUACGUGGAGAACUGUAUUGUAAGAUGACUUAAAUAAAAUUACCCGAUGACGGAUA